GGCAACGGCCGGCGGCUCCAAUCAAAACAAACACAUGGGUGGGCUGCAACGGUCCCACGUCGACAACGGCUUGUUAUUCACACCCACACCCACACCCACACCCAUGCUUCCCUGGCUCCUCUCAGCGACGUGGUGGCCGCCUGGCAGCUGGAUGACGCUGCCUGCGGACCGUUUGGGCCAAGGUCCGGACCGCCUCGUUUGAUUUGACGAGGCUGGGGAGGAAAAGCGCACCUGGGCACUUAUAACCCAACCCACAAGGCACGACACGACACGACGCCUCGUCUCGCCAACUUGGUCCUCGACGUCUCCUGCCAGUCCUCCCACGCGACCACGGCCAACACCAUGUUCCUCACCAGGUCAUUACGGGCAGCCGCCGCGACCGCGCUUCUGGCCGGCCUUGCGACGGCCCAGACAACUACCGACUGCAACCCCACACAGACAACAUGCGACGCAAAGCCCGCUUUGGGCAUGGCAAUCAACGUCGACUUCACCCAGGGUGAGGUCAACUCGUUCACUGCAAGUGGUGGGACGCCAACCUACGGCUCUGACGGCGUCACUUUCACCAUCAGCAAGUCGGGCGACGCCCCGCAGCUCAACAGCGUCUUCUACCUCAUGUUCGGCAGGGUCGACAUCACCAUGAAGUGCGCCCCCGGCACCGGCAUUGUCACCUCUGUCGUGCUCCAGUCCGACGACCUCGACGAGAUAGACAUGGAGUUCCUCGGCGUCGACAACUCCCAAGUCCAGACCAUGUAUUUUGGCAAAGGCCAGAGGGCCCCGGACCCGCUCGUUUAUGCCUCCGCCCCGAACAAUCAGGACCAGUUUGUCACCUACUCCUUCGACUGGACCUCGGACCGCAUCGUCUGGUCCGUCGGCGGCAGCGACGUGCGCGUCCUCGAGUCCUCCUCGUACCCCGAGUACUACCCGCAGACCCCCAUGCAGCUCAAGUUCGGCAUCUGGGCCGGCGGCGACCCCAGCAACCCCGAGGGCACCGUCGCCUGGGCCGGCGGCUCGACCGACUACUCCCAGGGGCCCUUCUCCGCCACCGUGCAGAAGGUCGAGGUCACCGACUACUCCACCGGCAGCAAGUACUCGUACGGCGACAUGUCCGGCACCUGGGAGUCCAUCCGGAGCGAGGGUGGCGAGAUCAACGCCAACGCGGACCAGGCCGCCACUGUCACCACCGUGACAGGCUCGACCACCUCGACCGGCUCCGCCAACUUCCCCGGCAGCGGAAUCGCGGGCGGCUCGUCUACCGCCGCCUCGAGCGUCGAUGCCAUCCCCAGCGGCUGGCGCAUGACUUCGAGCGGCAAGAUUGUGCCCAACAGCUCGACAGCGGGCCCCCUCACAACCUCUUCCUCGCUGCAGUCCUCGCCCUCUCCGUCCUCGCUGCCCGGGCAAGCGGCUCCUGGAGGUGAGGAGACCAUCACCACCUGGGACGGACAAGGGUUUGCGACCACAAUAACACAGCCCUCGGGCUGGGCGACGGCGACAAGAAGCUACAACGACCAGGGCUUCCCCGUGUCGACUAGCGACGCGAGCGCGAGCGCGCCGCCUGAGGCCCCGCCUCUCGCCGGCCAGCAGCAGAGCAACAGCAAGGCCGGCGGGUCCAGGUCCGGGUCCGGGUCCGGGUCUUCCUCGGACGGCGUCCGGUCGUUCCCCCCCGCCGGCAACGCGUGUGGGCUGUGGGUGCUACUCGCCGCGCCGCUGGUGAUGUUCCUUGCUGGCGUGGUCGUCGUUUGAGGCAACCCAGUCGACAAGACAUAAACACACACGACUGGAUAUGAGCUCAUGACCCGCUAUGCAUUGAACGCUCUGUACGAAUUGGAUGGUUUGAUUUUGCUGGGGCUUGGAGGCGAGCGGUGGCAUCUUGGAAAUAAAUGCCUUUCAUGGCCGGGUCAGAGGCGCUUUGAAUACCUCUGGGGGCAGACUGGCUUGUAAUGGCGUUUGGGGAAUAACCCUGCUUUGGCAGCGGCAGGCACAUAGCGACGAGACCGGACGUUGGCGGAUUUGCCAAUCAUAGCAGAAACAUACAUAAUCUACAUAAAAUCUAAUGGGAAGUCUUGCACGGAG